CUUUGGCCCGAAUCCUCAUAGGCCGCACGGUAUGACUCAUUGGAAAGUCCUCUAUACUGUGAACCAGGGAGUCGGUAUUUUACGACUCCCUGCUGUGAACUGCAUGCAUGACUGGUGGCACUGGUGCAGGCACACCUGAUGCCUGCUUUUCUAGUACAUACCGCGCGCGUGUGUCUUAUCUUGUAUUUUUGCCAAAGAAAUGUUUUGAAGGUGUUGUCGUUUUAUGAUGUUCUUAGUGCAGGAACUAUACUCCCAACUCAUGUGUCCUUUCUUGUUGCUGUGAGGAAUUGGAGCCAGUGCGAUCCGUUCGGCUGACGGGACAUGGCUACUUCCAUGCACUAUGGCCCGGCGAAUGGUGACAGGCGCUUUACGGCCUGCCCACUACCACCAGGUCGUACUCACACAGCAUUUCUUGUUCAUGCGUCCGCUGACACGACAUGGGUCGUGGGGAAGCUUGUACCGCAGCUGGAGGAGCGUGGUCUGCGCGUGUUCUUGAUGCACCGUGACCGUGAUCCGAGCUGGAGUGACGACCGCAACCUUGACCAUGCGCUGAUGUGCAGUAGCGUGGUAGUGCCCAUCAUCACGCCCUACUUCCUCAGCAGUCGCACCUGCAGCAUUGUCAGCCAUCAUGCCCGGCAGAAACACGCACAGGGCCGGGUUUGUCUCGCGACAGUCAAGCUGGCUAAGUGCGACACACCCGAGCCUUUGCGUGGUCUGCCGAAGCUGAACUUGUUUGAAGAUAAAGUGCGACCUUUCUUCUUCGACCUCCUGUACCAAAUGAUCAAGGAUGGAUGUGAACACCUGAGUGGACGAACAUGCAGAGACUAUGAUGAUUCGCCUAAUGCCAAGCGGCCUUACCUGGUUUCGCCGCCCUCGAUUGACUCCAACGCAAGUCAGCAUUCAUCGCCAUACGAGCUUAGCUCGCCAAUCGGUGGAAUUCAGGGUUUCCAGUCUAAUGAGGACUCUCCAUUGGAAGGUGGAGUUGAGCAGCAGUCUCCAGAUGCUCAGCAGGCGCAAGCACAACAAGAUGUCCAAUGCAUGCCAGCUGAGGCAGAUCCCACUGCUUCUGCUGCUGCUAGGGGCUUUACGUCGCCAGUUGUCGACCCUGGAUUUGUAGUUUGCAAGCUGUCAUCGGCCAGUGCUGACAGCCACAUAUCGCAUGCUGAGUCAUCGUGCCUGCCCGAUACGCCUACUUCACCCCGCACCCAUGCCGACGAUCAGCCAGUGCAUCUGUGCGGUGAACAGCUCUGCGGCGCUGGUUCAUCGCCCCUGUCCAGUCCCCAACAUCAGCAAGCGUCGACUUCGCCAAGUGGUCGACAACGGCGCCCUUCUGAGAGUGUCGGCGAGACCAGUGAAGUGCGCGAGCUGUGUGACGAUGCUCCGUUCGAUCGCCUUUCUCCACGUCCAGCUGGUAACUACUCUGAUGGUGAUUCUUCACCAACGCCCUGGCUGGAUGACACUGACGACGAUGAAAAUGCCAACCCUAAGCGUGACUAUGGCCUGCCUGAUUUCCGUUACGGUUCUCCAACCUAUGAUGAGUAUCAUGGCUUUAGUGCCUCGCCACCGACACAUCAGCAGGAGCAACGCCCGUCCGAUAAUAGCAACCAAAGAAGUAGCCAUGGCGAUUGUGGUGCUACGGACGGCGGCAACGGGGCUGCAGGCCGGAGCAAUGGGCUGCGCUUCACACCACCGACUGAUCGGCCUCACCCAGUUAGAAAGGAGAGAUCGUUGAGUCGGCACAGCAGUGGUGAGAUCGAUGAUGAAGAGGAGGAGGGAGAGUACCGCGAUGACUCUCAGGCCUCCCAGGCUACUCAACCGGAAAACACGGCAGGUAACGCAGCGACGAUCAAGAACUUUUACAACCAGCUGCCGGAGGCGGGAAAGGGGGCGCGCUACAGCAGCCCAAUCUUUCACAUGCGCAACAUCAACAACUGGAUCAAAAGCAUCCUGAUCAAGAAGUCAGUGUCGCUGGUGCCGGGCUCUAGCAAAGGCAUGCACGUGCUGGACCUGUGCUGUGGCAAGGGUGGCGAUCUGUUGAAGUGGAAGGAAGGUCGCGUCGGACAUCUGGUUGGCGCAGACAUCGCUGAUCAUUCCAUACAGCAGUGCCGACAACGCGCCGGGGAGCACAAGCUGCCGUUCAAGACCGAAUUCCACACCGUCGACUGCACUCGAGAUAAUCUGCAGCAUCUGUUUCAAGGAGGUGAAGGGUUUGGCUUCAACAUCACAAGUUGCCAGUUCUCUCUUCACUAUGGCUUUGAAAGCGAACAGCAAGCGUUACAGAUAUUGGCCAAUGCCUGUCAGAACCUCAAACCUGGCGGAGUCUUCAUUGGCACGAUUCCGGAUGCUAAUCACAUUGUUCACCGCCUGCGGCAAGGCAACGGCAAAUCAUUUGGCAACUCCGUCUACAAGGUGUCGUUUGACGAUCAGAUGCUCUCCAUGGAGCAAUUCCCGCUUUUUGGUGCGAAAUAUCACUUUCACCUUGAGGGCGUUGUCGAUGUUCCCGAGUACCUCAUCUACUUUCCGCUGUUGUGCCAGAUACUUGCAGAGCGGCACAACAUGAAGCUGGUUUGGAAGAAGCAUUUCCACGAGUUCUUCAACGAGGAGAAGGAAGUGCCGGAGAACUUGCGUCUUCUCAACAAGAUGAAGUGCCUCGCCACUGAACAGGCUAAUGACCAUGGCAUGGAUGGCGGCGGAAAGGUGGGCACGAUAAGUCAAGACGAGUGGGAAGCGAUAGGUCUCUAUCUCGUAUUCUGCUUCCAGAAGCGUUAAUAGCUUGGCACCUGGCUGCUACUUUGGCGGAUCGUUUUUGUUUCCAGAGGCAGCUUCUUGUCUACUGCUUUUGAGGUGUCGCUACAGGUGUCGCUACAUUGUCUCAGCAGGUGUGCAAAGUAUGUUUCUGUGGCAGAUGUAGGUGAUUGCAUGUCUUCUUUCACUUGCCAUCUCCACUGCUGGCUGUCAGGUAUAUGUUUCUCGCUGCCCCUCACACACCAGAGUGUGUGUUUGGUCAGGCUUGUUCCGGGCAGGACAGCUCCACCAUAUCCGUAAGUGUGAGUAUAGGCCCCAUGCCCAUAUGCUGCUAGUAUUGCUAUGCUUUUUCUAGUUUUGUCCUGCCGCCUCCCCUCCCUCGCUGCUAUGCUGUUGCCAGUCUUGUCCUGCCCCCCCCCGUCUUGCUGUGUGGGUAUUGUACACAACCUCUCUCUCUCUCUCUUUCUCUCUCUCCUGUUUCAUAUGUUUGCGUGUUGAUGACAUGCCAAUCUGAUGCAAUGAAUGUGGAGUGUAUACCUCCCGAUCCCCCUCUGUUCCUUUAUGCCAGCUGAUCAGAUGUAUCCGGUCUAUCGUUGGGUUCACAUCAAUUUUUUAUCAUAUUUUCCUUUACUAUCAUCAUUCCCAGCAGCAAUAACAGCCUUUCGUGUUUUUAUUAUCAUCUCCAAAAGCGUUUAUUCACCUUUAGCGAACGGAACUUCAACCGUCAUAGAUUGCACGCAGUGCGCCAAGCGUGUAGUGUGUGGUAUCUAUUUUUUUAAUCAGUGCCUAGCAGCGUUUCAGACUGCUUCAGUGUUUCUAGCCGUUCUCAGUUUCUAGCCGUCCUCAGUUGUAAACGUCCGUUCAUCCAUAUUAAACCCCGCUGAGUGUGCCUAUUCAGACAAUGCUAUGCUACAGGUGUUGGCAUUUAUCUA